AUGCUCUUUAUUCCAGGCUGUGGUAUGUUUCGCACUUGGAACAGUUAUUCAGCUGGUACCACUCCAAUCCACGUAAUAGCAGUUGAUUUGAACAAUGAUAACAACACCGACCUUGUCUGUGCAAAUCAGGGUGUGGGUGGAGGUACCGUAAGUGUUCACCUAAACAUGGGCAAUGGUACGUUUUUUAAUCGAACAACUUAUACAUCUGUCGGCUCUUCAUACUUCGUACAAAGUACCGAUUUAAACAAUGAUAAAAAAUUGGACAUUGUUGUCAGCAAUUUGUACCCGAGUCGGAUAAGUGUUUUUAUCAAUAUCGGCAAUGGAACAUUUCUUUCUGAAGUGACUUACGCAACUAGUGGUAUCCCACUUGCCUUAGCGUUAUCGGAUGUUAAUAAUGAUGAUCGCGUCGAUAUCGUCGUUGCAGACAGUAAUACAAAUAAUGUCGGUGUUUUUCUGAAUAGAGGAAAUGGUACAUUUUAUCCCGAAAUUCUGUAUCCAGCUGGAAUAGAUGUCCGAUCCGUAACGCUAUCUGACAUAAAUAGCGAUCGAAACAUGGACAUUAUUGUUACCAAUCAAAAUUCAAGUACCGUUGGUGUUCUUCUUAAUGCAGGAAAUGGAACAUUCCUUGCACAAGUGACUUAUGUAGUUGGCACUAUUCCACGAUCUAUUAUAACAGCUGAUCUCAACUAUGAUGGAAAACCUGAUGUCAUAGUUGCGAAUCAAAAUUCAAGCGACGUCGAUAUUCUUCUCAAUGCAGGUGAUGGUACAUUUCUGAAUCGAACAACCUACUCAGUUGGCAGGAAUCCUUACUAUGUCGUAACCGGCGACAUGGACAACGAUGGCAAGCUGGAUGUUGUUGUCGGAUGUUAUAGUACUGCCACCGUCGGUAUUUUAUACAAUACAGGCAAUGGAACGUUUACUUUUCAAAAUGGUUUUCUAAGUUCUACAGUUCCAGUAAGAUCGAUAGCGGUGGCCGAUAUUAAUAAAGACACAAAAAUGGAUAUUAUUGCAACACGAUUUCUGUUAAAUAGCGUCUCUAUCUAUUAUAAUUGUUAA